AGAUGCAGUCCGCGGUGUUGUAUGCGCUGGUACUUGCUGCCGGGGUCUCUGCUGUUCCUCCAGCUUCUGGGCCUCUAGCUACGCCUUGGGUUGACACGUCGAUGUGCGAACUCUCCGACUCCCUGAUGGUGUGCCAGCUGAAGAAGGGCCAGUGCUCCCCCGUGGGCGCCGUGUUCUCCCCCCCGGGCGGCCCCGUCAAGGCCGUCACCUCCUGCGCCAACACCACCGGCGUCGCCCUCGGCCCGCAGUUCUACCUGAGCAUCGGUCUGGCCUUCGUGAGUGGCAACCCCGAGAGCCUCGCCGACAAGACCUCCUCCAACCCCAACACCGUCACCGCCAUCCGCCGCUGCGCCCUCAACGCCACGGGCCUGCUGAACGCCGACAUGAUGACCCUGAACCGCACCGCCAUCGCCGCCUCCGUCUCCUCCGCCUUCAGCACCCACGCCCUGGGCACCGCCGUUGCCUCCGCCGUCGCCGCGUGCCCUGAACCCGUCGACUACAAUAUCACCGACUUCAUCACCUGCCUCAGGAGAGCCUGCAUGAACAGCGUCUCCGCCUCCCCGCUCAUGAAGAUGGCUGCUGAGUCGGUGAAGGCCAUGGCGGUUGCUCCUCCCACCGAGGCUCCUACCGCAGCCUAGGUGUUCCUCGGGGCGUUCUACCUCGAAUUAUCCCCUGUCCUCUCUCGUCGUCUAUAAAUCCUUCUACUUGGCUGUCUAUCUCUAUUUUCCAAAACUAUUGUCUAGGUGUUCCUCAACCUUGAAAAACACACGUCCUGUGUUCUUUUCUCGCCAGACAUUACCUCCUUGUUAUGAAAGAUGACCCAUGAUUGUUACCAAAGCACGCGUUGGGCGCCUCCCCUGCAAAGCUCAGUUUGAGGCCGGCGAACGAGGAGGGUCUUAGCACAUGUAAGCGAAGGGCGUUUGCUUUUGUUUCUGUUUCCUCAAUAUUGCAAGAAUAUGUUGGCCAAUGUCACUAGAAAUAUUAUCAUUCUGUAAAAACAAAACAAAGAUAUUCAGUUA